AUGAAACAAUGGAGACACAGAAAGGUAAGUAACUUGCCCAAAGUCACUCAGCAGGAUGCAGCUACCCCAGAAGCCCAGCCUUGCCCAGGACGCCCAGGAGCUGCCACCGUGUGUGUCACCAUGGGCCUGCUGCUCCUUGUGCUGCUGUGCCCGCUGCCCUGUGUCUCUGGACUGCCCUUCUACAAUGGCUUUUACUACUCCAACGGUGCCCAUGGUGCCCCUGGCAGAAACCCAGGCAAAGGCCACAGGGAAGGCCUCUUCAAUGGGGUAAGGCUGGUGGUGGAGACGCCUGAGGAGCCUCUGUUCACCCACCGAGGGGCUAGUGUGACCCUGCCCUGCCACUAUCACUACGAGCCGGCCUUGGCCUCCCCGAGGCCUGUGCGUAUCAAAUGGUGGAAGCUGUCAGAGAACGGGGCCCCAGAGCAGGACGUGCUGGUGGCCAUCGGACAGAGGCACCGCUCCUUCGGGGACUACCAAGGCCGUGUGCACCUGCGGCAAGACAAGGCACGCCAAGUCUCGCUGGAGCUCCGGGACCUGCAGCUGGAGGACUCCGGGCGCUACCGCUGUGAGGUCAUUGACGGGCUGGAGGACGAGAGCGGCCUGGUGGAGCUGGAACUUCGGGGCGUGGUCUUUCCCUACCAGCCCCCAAAAGGGCGCUACCAGCUCAACUUCCACGAGGCCCAGCAGGCCUGCGAGGAGCAGGAUGCCAUGGUAGCCUCUUCCGAGCAGCUCUUCCGGGCCUGGGAGGAGGGUCUGGACUGGUGCAACGCGGGCUGGCUGCAGGACGCCUCAGUGCAGUACCCCAUCGCCCUGCCGCGGCAGCCCUGCGGGGGCCUGGGCCUGGCACCUGGCGUGCGCAGCUAUGGUCAGCGCCAUCGUCACCUGCACCACUAUGACGUGUUCUGCUUCGCUGCUGCUCUCAAGGGGCACGUCUACUACCUGGAGCACCCCGAGAAGCUGACCUUGACAGAGGCCAGGGAGGCGUGCCAGGAAGAUGGUGCCCACAUCGCCAAGGUGGGCCAGCUCUUUGCUGCCUGGAAGUUCCGUGGCCUGGACCGCUGUGAUGCUGGCUGGCUGGCAGAUGGCAGUGUCCGCUACCCUGUGGUUCAUCCCCGUCCCAACUGCGGGCCCCCCGAGCCUGGGGUCCGGAGUUUUGGCUUCCCGGAUCCCCAGAGCCGCUCCUAUGGUGUCUACUGCUACCGCCAGCGCUAG